AUGUCUCAGGGAUUAAUCUUCAUAACGGGCGCCUCUGGCUUUAUUGGCAGCGCCACUGCCGUGGAAGCCCUAAAGGCUGGGUAUCGACUACGAGUUUGCCUUCGUAGGCCCUCGCCCCAAUUGCAAAGCCUACUUUCAAAGUAUGGAAAUCAAGUGGAAUAUGUGUUCAUUUCAGAUCUUACGGAUGAAAUGGCGUUCCCUGACAAGCUGGACGGGGUGGACUUUGUGCUCCACCUUGCAUCCCCUCUUCCUCAUGGCACCGACAAGGAAACUUACUUCACUCCAGCAGUGAAAGGCACUACUGCCUUGCUGAAAGCGGCAAACAAGGUAUCAAGCAUCAGGAAGGUCGUCAUUACCUCAUCCAUGGCUGCUUUGACUCCGUUGACUGGUGUUCCAGAGGGUGGAGUAAUCCAAGGUAAACAAUAUCCUCUCGUUAAUUUCCGGAUUGGUAUCGCACUGACACUCUUUCUCUUCUCUUUAGAAAGCAGUGAUUGGGAUCUAUCAGUCGAUGAAAAUGGAAGCUUCGAGGACCCUGCGAAUCCGUCUGCAACGCCCAUGAUACUCUACAUGGCUUCCAAGCUGCUUUCCAACGCGGCCACUUGGGACUUUUGGAAAACAGCUAAGCCAAAGUACGACUUAGUUACGCUACACCCAGCAUUUGUGUAUGGCCGCAAUCUGAUGCAGACAUGUGCCGACGGGGUUAAGGGAGGGUCCAACGGGGCGCUAUGGGGAUUUAUCAUGGCAGGCACCCCGACGGGAUUUUUGACGGCAGUGCAUGUUCAGGAUGUCGCCGAAGCGCAUAUCAGAGCGCUAGAUCGGAGAAUAGUGGAUGGCUCGAAGUAUUUGCUGGCUGGGAGAAGUAUUACCGUACCGGAGAUUGCGCGAUUUAUUCAAAAGCGCUACCCAGACGCUGGGGCAGUUAUCACCGAGGAUGCGCCUAGUGUGUUGAACCCAGUUAAUACAGCUAAAGCGGAGGGGGAGCUUGGUAUGAAAUGGCGCCCAUUUGAGGCUAUCCUAGAAGAUGUCAUGGAUCAACAGCUUGGCUUCUGCCGAAACGCAUCUAUCUAG